UCCUUCUCCUCCUCCUUCUCCUCGCGAGCGCGCCUAGCUUGCCUCCUCCCCCUCGCUCUCCUCCGCGCCCUCGUCCUUCACCGCCCUCCCCCUCGCCUUCGUUGAACUCCUCCCUCCCGGAGUCCACCUCGACCCCGAGCGCCACUGUACACCCCCGCCCUCCACAUCCGCCGUGGCCAUGGGGCGCCUCGCCGCGGCGGCCGCCGCCCUGGCCGCCGCCCGGCCCGCCGCCCUGGGGCUGCAGAUCCACGACGACGCCGAGGCGACCUUCCCGGCCCUCACGCCCCUGGCUCCAUUCCAAAAGGUCCGCGACGGCUCCCUCGGAGGGCACCAGUUGCCCAGACCCCCUCGCGUCGCGACCCAGAAAACACGACGGGGCCUGUUCGCUGUUCUCGGCCUCUGGGAGCCCUUACCGGGCCCCGCGACCGUCAAAGAACACAAGUGAGGACGCGAGACCGGUUCCGGGGAAUGGGUCGGGUCCUCGGGGGGCCGACGCAAGGAACAGACCAUGACGUCGGGGGCCUGGGCAUGCACCUGCACCGAUCCAGGCGAGGCCGAUCCGGGAUCCAGGGUCCGAGCCCCUGCCCUCCGGCCCACGCCAGGAGGGCGCAUGCACCGAUCCGGGGCCCAGGAUGAGCCUGGCCAGGAUCGGUGCAGGUGCACAGUGGGUGCCUUCCCACUCCCGGGCCUCUGGCUCGGCGCCGAGAGAAGGGGGAAGCGCGAGGAGGAGAAGGCCUUCUCGGCAGGCGGAGACCUGUUGUCGGGUCCGCGACGAGGCGACCUUUCCGAACGUAGCAAUGUGCAUGACCACCAUCCCCAGCCACCUCACCACCGCGAAGGGUUUCAACGCGCUCGAGGAGAGCCUGCGGUCCGUGCUGCUCGAGCAGGACUACCCCGGCAGGAUCACCGGGUACUUGGCCUUGCCUUCGAAAGCCUCCGUGCGCGAGGGCACGGGGUACCCAGAGAAGGAAGCCAUGAACUGGAGAGCCGUUCAAGGACUCAGAAGCGUAGAACGCGUCUACGAGGCCUUUCCCUUCUUCGCAGAGCUCUUAGGUUCCUUCUUGAUGGCGACGUCGGCCGAGCAUGGCGACCCAGAAAUGCAGGAUGCCAUGUCCGCGAACCUGUCCGCGGCAGCUUUCUUCGCAUCACCGUCAGACAUGCCCUCUGCGACCUUCGCGUCGCGAGUGUGGUGCCAUAUUUUGCUGUGCUCGCGCUUCUUGUGUGCUUUGAACUCUGCGUCGGUCAUGCUCUCCAAAGACGUGCUGGCAGCUGCUGGCCUCUUCAGAGCAGCAGCCUUCUUCUUGCCCUUCGUGCUGUGCUUGCCGCCCUUGCCCUUCUUCGUGGUCGCGGCCUUGGCCUUGGGCUUCGCCGCAGCCGCCGCCUUCUGCUUGUUGAGAGCCCUCCAGUCGUGGUCGCUCGGUGGAGUGAACGGCGCCAACGCGAGAGCUUGGAUCUCCGCCGACGCCAACGGAGACGAGGAGCUUCAGAAGGUCGGGGUCGGCACUGGUCAGGAGCUCGUCUGCGUCGAACUCACCAUCGUCAUCUGA